CCCUGGUAACGUGUACAUUGAAUAGACUCGUGCCAUUAUCCGUUUUAUAAAAUGAACAUUUUGUGCGCAAAAGUUUUAUCGAAAUUGAAGAAGACGUGUUAAGGAUUGAUAAUAAAAGAGAACGGACAAGCCCAAUAGACAAUACUCAUCUGUUAAGAUCUGCUAAUUUAAUUGAAAUCAAUCGGAAAAUGUUGAAAACUAUUUUGUUCGUAUUAGCAUGUGCUUGUGCAUCAAAACCGGAAUCGAUGACUGUGGGUGCGAACGCUAACAGCAAUGAUUUGAGUGGUAGUAAUGAGUGUCAAGUAACGCCAGUCAUACAUGUUCUUCAAUAUCCUGGAUGUGUACCGAAACCAAUACCAAGCUUUGCAUGUAUAGGUCGAUGUGCCAGUUAUUUACAGGUUUCUGGUAGUAAAAUAUGGCAAAUGGAGCGAUCGUGCAUGUGCUGUCAAGAAUCUGGUGAACGAGAAGCAGCUGUUUCUCUGUUCUGUCCGAAAGCGAAACCGGGUGAAAGAAAAUUCCGAAAGGUCUCCACAAAAGCUCCGUUGGAAUGCAUGUGUCGACCAUGCUCUGGUGUUGAGGAAAGUGCUAUAAUACCGCAAGAAAUCGCUGGCUACGCAGAUGAAGGUCCACUGACGAAUCAUUUUCGGAAACUUCAGUAGUUGGUUUAUUAUGAAUCAUAAUCGGAGGAACUCUUAAAUAAAUGAAUUAACUGUUUUUGGGGUAGAAAUUAGUAAAAUUUUCAUUUAAAUUUUUUGUGUUUCGUAGCGAAUUGAUCGACAUUUUUAUUCGUAAAUUAUAUUUGAUUGAAACAAAUUUCUUUC